UGUUUAGUUUGUUAGCUACAAGAUGGCGGCACCCAUCGAAUCGCACCGUAUUGCUCCUGUGGAAAUAUAACUGCAACGCUGAAAAUUCAUGCCUCAAUUUUGAAGAGAUCCAGAAAAAUUGUCUUCGAGUUGCACAAUUUUGAUGGCUGUGCAUUCAUGUUGUUCCGGAUCUACUUUGAUUUGACCUGCCGGCUUUUUCAUCUUUUCUGCAAAGCGUCUAGCUAGCUAAAAUGGCGGCUCCCAUAGAUUUUUUGUUGCUUCUUCUUGGCUAAAAAGGCUUGCUAGUUAGCAACAUAUAUCCACAGCCUUCUGGACAUAUACAUCUUCUAUACAACUAUCUUCAAGUUGAUUUACAUUUGGGAAAUACAUAAACAUAUUGACUAUAUAUUUCAUUUCAGUGCUGUAUAUUAGAAGAACGCGUUUUUUAAUCCUGUUAGCUUAGCGAUAGCCAACUAGCUUGUCGUCGGCUAGCGGGCUAGUCUUGACAGGAGCCAACUAUAGCUAGUUACCCUAGCAUUGUUGUUUCUUAGUUAUUCAGUUACACGUUCAAGUUCUACUGGAAAGCGUUUCAAUUCGGAUUUUUCCUUCUAAGAGACUCUUCAUCUACCGACACCAUGACAUCUGGGACCUCUGGCUCAGUUCUGCAGCCACGGUGGAAGCGGGUGUUGGGUUGGUCUGGCCCUGUCCCUCGCCCCCGACAUGGACACCGAGCUGUUGCAAUCAAGGAAUUGAUGGUCGUUUUCGGUGGAGGCAAUGAAGGAAUUGUGGAUGAGCUGCACGUUUAUAACACAGCGACCAACCAGUGGUUCAUUCCUGCUGUUCGUGGCGAUAUCCCACCUGGUUGUGCGGCGUAUGGGUUUGUGUGCGAUGGCACCAGGCUGCUGGUGUUUGGAGGGAUGGUGGAGUAUGGCAAAUAUAGCAACGACCUAUAUGAACUGCAGGCAAGCCGCUGGGAAUGGAAGCGUCUAAAGCCCAAGUCCCCCAAAAAUGGCCCUCCUCCAUGUCCUCGUCUGGGGCACAGCUUUUCCCUUGUGGGGAACAAAUGCUUCCUGUUUGGGGGCCUGGCCAAUGACAGUGAGGACCCCAAGAACAACAUCCCCAGAUACCUGAAUGAUCUGUACACACUGGAGCUUCGCGCCGGCUCCAGCGUGGUGGGCUGGGACAUCCCCAUCACCUACGGGGUGCUGCCCCCCCCCAGGGAGAGCCACACGGCCGUGGUCUACACGGACAGGACCUCCAAGAAGUCCCGGCUGGUCAUCUACGGGGGGAUGAGUGGCUGUCGCCUUGGCGAUCUUUGGAUCCUAGACAUCGACACCCUGACGUGGAAUAAACCCUCCAUCAACGGCACCGCUCCUCUCCCACGCAGCCUCCACUCUGCCACCACCAUCACAAACCGGAUGUAUGUGUUCGGCGGCUGGGUUCCCUUAGUGAUGGAUGAUGUUAAGGUCGCGACCCAUGAGAAAGAGUGGAAGUGCACCAACACCUUGGCAUGUCUCAACCUAGACUCUCUGUCCUGGGAGUCGGUACUGAUGGACUCCCUGGAGGACAAUAUCCCCAGGGCUCGGGCCGGGCACUGCUCCGUAGCCAUCAACUCACGCCUCUACGUCUGGAGCGGACGGGACGGCUACCGCAAGGCCUGGAACAACCAGGUGUGCUGCAAGGACCUCUGGUACCUUGAGACAGAGAAGCCCCACCCACCGUCCCGGGUGCAGCUGGUGCGAGCCAAUACGAACAGCCUGGAGGUCAGCUGGGGGGCGGUGCCCACCGCAGACACGUACCUGCUGCAGCUGCAGAAGUACGACAUUCCCCCGGCAGCCGCCGUCUCCUCGCCCGGUGUCGCCCCCGCCACAUCGCUCCCGGUCAGCUCCCCCAAGAGCCCUGUCACGGCCUCGGCGGUGUCCGGUCAGGGGGUUCCUCUGCAGGGCUUAACGCUGGUGCCCUCCCCCACCACAUCCAUGCCUGGAAGCCCCCUCGCUGCGUCGAACACACGUGGACCAGCCAUAUUGAAGGUGGCUGCGCCUCACUCCACCACGGGGACCUCCAUUGUCACGGUCCGCCAGGCCAACCAGGCCGGGAAGUCACCCGUCACCGUGACGUCUUUGCCCGCCGGGGUCCGCAUGGUGGUGCCGGCCCAGACCACACAGGGAACGCCAAUUGGCAGCAGCCCUCAGAUGAGUGGCAUGGCUGCGCUGGCUGCUGCUGCUGCGGCAACCCAGAAGAUCCCGCCCUCCACGGCCACCAUGCAGCUCCCGCCUGGAGCCACCAUCGUCAAGACCGUGGCCAUGAGCCCCGGGUCGCAGACCGUCAAAGUGGCCUCGCCGGUGAUGGUGAGUAACCCAGCCACCCGUAUGCUAAAGACCGCUGCGGCUCAGGUGGGAACGUCGGGUGUGGCCACGCCCGGUACGCCCACGCGACCAAUCAUCACAGUGCACAAGUCUGGCACGGUGACAGUUGCCCAGCAGCACCAGGUGGUUACCACGGUGGUGGGAGGAGUUACCAAGACCAUCACCCUGGUUAAGAGCCCUCUGACCAUGAGUGGAGGAGGAACGCUGCUGACUGCAGCCAACCAGGGCCAAAACAAGGUGAUGUCUGGCAAGGACGUGCAGCACUGGCUGUCUAAUCUGUCCAACCUGGGGAAGGUGAUGUCUGUGGUUCAGACCAAACCGGGCCAGACGGGGACCGUGACCGGACAGGCAGGGUCCAGCCUGCAGCAGAUCAUACAGACAAAGGGACCCCUCCCAGCUGGAACCAUUCUGAAGCUGGUGACGUCUGCCGACGGGAAGCCCACCACCAUCAUCACCACAUCUCAGGCCGGGACGGCAGGCGGCAAACCCACCAUCCUGUCGUACAGCGGCGUGCCCACCUCCACCACCAACAAGCCCGGCACGCACAUUAUCAAGACCAUACCCAUGUCUGCCAUUGGACAAGCAGGCGUAACCGGCAGUGGGAUGAAGUCCCCCAUCACCAUCAUCACCACUAAGAUGAUGACCCCAGGAACUGGCACUCCCGGCAAGAUCAUCACUGCCAUGCCGAGGACUGGAGCCGGCCAACAGGGACUCACACAGGUGGUGCUGAAGGGAGCUCCCGGACAGCCCGGGACGAUUCUACGGACCGUCCCCAUGGGAGGGGUACGUCUGGUCUCCCCGGUAACCGUUUCAGGUGUCAAACCCAACGUCACCACCCUCGUCGUCAAGGGGACCACAGGCGUGACCACGUUGGGAACGGUGACCGGCACGGUGUCCACCAGUCUGGCUGGAGGAAGCGUUGCCGCGGCUACUCCCAUCACCACGCUCGGCACCAUGACGACGCUGCCGGGACAGGUGACUGUUUCCGCAGCUCAGGUUGGAGGUCAGCCCACCCAGGUGACUUUGAUCACAACCCCCAGCGGCGUGGAGGCUCAGCCCGUCCACGACCUCCCCGUCUCCAUCCUGUCCUCGCCGACCUCCGCCGACCCCAACGCCACCCAGGCUGAGGCUGGCGAUCCCGGCACCGUCACCCUGGUGUGCUCCAACCCGCCCUGCGAGACCCACGAGACCGCCACCACCAACACCGCCACCACGGCCUCCGCCAACAUGGGCCGCGCUGGUGGGGUGGAGAGGGUGUGCUCCAACCCGCCCUGCGAGACCCACGAGACCGGCACCACCAACACCGCCACCACGGCCUCCGCCAACAUGGGCCGCGGAGUGGAGAGGGUGUGCUCCAACCCGCCCUGCGAGACCCACGAGACCGGCACCACCAACACCCAGACGACCGCUUCUGCCGACAUUGGCCGCGCCGACGGGGUGGCGCGGGUGUGCACCAACCCCCCGUCGGAGACCCACGACACCGGCACCACCAACACCCAGACCACGGCCAGCUGCAACAUGGGCUCCAACCAGCAGGGAACCAGCCUGAGCAGCACAUCCGGCGGGACGGACAUCCCAGCCUCCUCGCCGCCCUCCUCUGGAUCUCCCUCCCAGACCCCGGUCUCCGGGGCCAGCUCCGUGCCGGGGGUCCUGCGCCCAGAGACCCUGCGGACGGGCACGACAUACACGUCCACCACGGCCCGGUCCAACAUGGGUUCCGACCAGAUGGGCAUGACUCUCAGCUCCUCUUCCUCCCACAACAAGGGCAAGGCCGGGUCGCCCCAGCCCUCUCCUGUCUGCUCCAACCCGCCCUGUGAGACGCACGAGGCCGCGACCACCAACACCUCCACGCAGGCCAGCUCCGCUAUGGGGGACAGCCCGGCCGAGGGAACCGUCCAGAGGGUGUGCUCUAACCCGCCCUGCGAGACGCACGAGACCGGGACCACCAACACCCCUUCCACGGCUUCGUCUAACCUGGCGGGGGCAGAGAGCGGAACCGUCCAGAGGGUGUGCUCCAACCCGCCCUGCGAGACGCACGAGACCGGGACCACCAACACCCCUUCCACGGCUUCGUCUAACCUGGCGGGGGCAGAGAGCGGAACCGUCCAGAGGGUUUGCUCCAACCCGCCCUGCGAGACGCACGAGACCGGGACCACCAACACCGCCACCACGGCCACAGCCCAGCCCGGGGACUCCACGCAGGGGGAUGACGGAAGCACAGAAGCACCUUCGUCCUCUGCAACCACCGAGUCCAGCGCCGUGACGACGUCCGGCAGAGCGGUCACCACGGUCACCCAGUCCACUCCCACCCCCGGGCCCUCUGUACCGGAGAUCUCGUCGAUGUCCGGGUCUUCGGAGGCAGUGGCAGAGGCGGCGGGCGGCGAAGAGGGUGAGGCGAUGGCGGUGGGGGGAGAGGAGGGGGAGGCGCUGGCGGCGGGGGGAGAAGAGGAGGAAGCAGAGGAGCCAAUGCAGACGGAUACCCUCCCAGAGGGUACAGUGCGGGUGGUCACCCUGGAGGAGGCUGCAGCAGCCGGGAUACACGUUCACGUGGAGGGCCUGGAGGAGCAGAACCAGGAGGAGCAGGAGGGCCUUCCGGCUGAGCUGAUGUCUGAGGGGGGGGCGGAGGGACACCAGGCCCUGAUGGUGGCCGGUCUGACCCCUGAGGAGCUGGCCGUGACCGCUGCAGCAGAGGAGGCCGCUCAACACGCUGCCACGGAGGAGGCCAACGCCCAGGCCAUGGCCAUACAGGCUGUCCUGCAGGCCGCACAGCACGCCGUCAUGAGAGAGGGUGGGCAGGAGGGUCAUCAGCACACCACCACCAUACCCAUCGUCCUGACCCAGGCGGAGUUGGCCGCUCUGGUCCAUCAGCAGCAGCAGCUCCAGGAGGCUCAGGCCCAAGCCCAGGCAGCCGCUGCCCAGCAGAACCAGCCCACCGAGGGCCUGGCGCCGGCAGACAGCCUGAACGACCCGGCGUCGGAGAGUAACGGCCACGAGCUGACGGCGCCGGUGACCCGGCUGACCCCGUCCAGCACCCUGGCCCCUCCCACCGUGGUGGUGGCCAGCCCCGCCAAGAUGCAGGCCGCCGCGACGCUGACUGAGGUGGCCAAUGGGAUCGAGACCACUGCCGCGAGGCCGGCUGCCCCCCCUGCCGUAGUCAAACCCCCGGUGAAGAAAGACAACCAGUGGUUUGAUGUGGGCAUGGUCAAGGUCACCAACAUGGUUGUCACCCACUACUACCUACCGGCUGAUGACCAGGCUGCUGUUGACGAUGACUCCGGAGCGAUCCCGGACUACAGCCAGAUGAGGAAGGUGGAGCUCCAGCCGGGGACGGCCUAUAAGUUCCGAGUGGCCGGCAUCAACACCUGCGGCCGGGGCAGCUUCUCCGAGGUGUCGGCCUUCAAGACCUGUCUGCCAGGCUUCCCUGGAGCGCCCUGUGCUAUCAAGAUCAGCAAGAGUCCGGACGGUGCCCAUCUGACCUGGGAGCCUCCAUCGGUAACGUCCGGGAAGAUCAUUGAGUACUCUGUGUACCUGGCCAUCCAGAGCACCCAGAGCGGGGAGCAGGCCAAGCCUGCCACCACCACCCCGGCCCAGCUGGCCUUCAUGCGGGUGUUCUGUGGACCCAACCCCUCCUGCCUGGUGCAGUCCUCCAGCCUGUCCAACGCCCACAUAGACUACACCACCAAGCCCGCCAUCAUCUUCCGCAUCGCCGCUCGCAACGAGAAGGGUUACGGCCCGGCCACGCAGGUCAGGUGGCUGCAAGAGACGAGUAAAGAUGGUGCAGCAGCGAAACCCUCCGCUAAAAGACCAGGCACUUCACCUGACAUGAAAGCUACUGGCCCUAAGAAGACCAGAGCAGACCAGUGAGGUCUUUAAUUCUCGUCCAUGAUGACAAUGACUGAACAGAAUAAAACACCUUCCUACUGAAGACAGCCCCUCCGCUCCCACCAAGUACCCCAAUAUCCCAAAUGCCUCCUGCAAGAACCCAAUACCCCAAGGCUUAACAAAGCCCCCACAUCACACCCUCCGCUUUCCCCAAGACCCAAAUACCCCGUCAGCCCCCAACCACCAUCAACCUCACCCCAACUUUAAACCGGACCCCCUCUUUACUGGCCCUGCAACGCCUCAUCCUGGGUGUACACCAGGCACCAACCAUCCAUCAUCCACAAAACAGAGCCCUCCCAAAACAGUGCAUCAAGAUGAGACUGAAAAUCAUCCCAGCCCCAUCACUGGAAAUCAUCCCAGCCCUAUCACUGGACACAACGGUGCCAUGGACGCCUUAUUUCAACCUCCUACUUUUUUAUUUUAUUAUUAUUAUUAUUGAUAUUCCUUUGUAUGUUAAAACAGUUGAAAGCACAUAACGUUUUUUUCUUUUUUUCCUUUUUGUGAAAUCAAAAAUACAACUUGUUAAGUCAGAUUUAACUGUAGUGUUACUACUUCGCCGACUCUUUACCCCUUUCCUGGUUCAUCAACACACAAGUUAAACGACAACUGAUUCAUCGUAUGGACAGGCAUGUCACAGUAUGUCCUUGGGGGCUUUUUGUCUGUGGUUUUCUGAAGGAUCAGAUGGUUGUUGUAGGAGAUGUUGGAACAGAAGAACAUGGCGUCGACACAUCUUUUGUGGGGAUAGAAUUAAAAAAAAAAAAACGCCAAAAUGGAGAAACCAGGAGCACUUGGGGAAGACAACGUUCUCCAUUCCAGGGGAAUAGACUUUCAUAUUUGUACAUCGUCAACCAAUCAAGACUCUGUAUCUGUCCUGGCUUUCCUUUUGCUUGGUGACAUCACUGUGGUUAUGCGUCCCUGCAUCAGAGGGAGACGAAUGGGAAGUCUCGUUUCAUUAAAAGGAAGGUGUAGGUUUAGGAGACUUCCUUUCUUUCCCUCUAGUCUAGUAGUUUCUGCUUUCAAGAAGAGGUGUGUGGACAGUGACUGACAGGGUAACACAAUACAAUGAUUUUUUUAUAACCCUAUUUGACAGGUAAUUUGACAGUUAUUUCAGAAUUGGUUGUCUAACGGAAAGUUAACACAACGAGGACUUUGUACUUGCUCUACUGCGAAAGAUGGAAUAACAGAAUGCAAGAUUUCAGAAAUAGGAGAGCGAAUUAUUUUUGCUUUUGUUUACUUUUAGUAAUUUUCGAUUAAAGGAAUUGAUUUGCAGAAAAAAACGCUUCUUAUUUUCAUCUUUCCCUCUCCUCGUUACCUUCUCAGCCUGUUGAUAAUUCAUAGAAUGCAUUUUUUUUGUAAUCUAUGAAAUUCAGAAGUUAAUUAUUCUGUUUUUGAGGCUUGUUUUUAGAGUUCUGAGAAUAAACUGGGAUAUUUUCUGCCCCCAACUUGAGAAACCGUUGAUAAUGACCCCCAUUUACAUUUAUUUUUGGUGUACUCUGCUUUUCAAAUGUUUAGGUAUGCAAGUGUGUAAUGUGACAAAUGUUUUCCUAGUAGUUUGACACGUACGUCUUUGAACGGAGCAUUUUUAUUUACUUAAAUGAUGGGAAAUGUUGGUUUUGACGGCAGGAAGUUUGAUUGGCGCGGGCAUCAGCCAGUUUGAGCGCAGUUGUAAAUUAGUUCCUCUCUUCACCUAGCAAGAAGUAAAGUUAAAAAGAAGCCUUUUUAUAUAAUUAUCUGUAACAAAUGUUUUUACAUGUCUGUCAUUUCGGUUGCUUUUUGUCUUGAUAUAAAAAAAAAAAAAUACUGAAAUUUUCAGUCUCCCUGCUCAAUGUCUUGUAUGUUAUGUCUUCUUCCUGACUAUAAUGCGGAACAUUUCUUGAUAUGGUUGUUGUGGUUAUAGAGAGGACCUACAGAAUGGACCUCUCCCCAUUCAAGGCAAUGACGGCGUGACAGUUGGACAUGCAGCCCGUUGUAUAGACUGUUUCUAUGGUUACCAAGCUCAAGUUGUAUUGUAGGGAUGUCACCAGAAGAGGUUUUAUUGAUACGCAACGGCUAGCUGGUAGAGAUAUGGCUUCUAUCUGAUCGAGCCUAUCUUACAAACUGUUUGUGAAUAUUACUAUGAAAAAUAAAACUUUUUAGUGCAUCUUUUUUUUUUA